AUGUCCCACAUUCCCCCUGUAGUGUCCACUGACCUUGUUCCAUCUGCAGUGUCCACUGACCUUGUUCCCCCUGCAGUGUCUGCUGACCUUGUUCCCCCUGCAGUGUCUGCUGACCUUGUUCCCCCUGCAGUGUCUGCUGACCUUGUUCCCCCUGCAGUGUCUGCUGACCUUGUUCCCCCUGCAGUGUCUGCUGACCUUGUUCCCCCUGCAGUGUCUGCUGACCUUGUUCCCCCUGCAGUGUCUGCUGACCUUGUUCCCCCUGCAGUGUCUGCUGACCUUGUUCCCCCUGCAGUGUCUGCUGACCUUGUUCCCCCUGCAGUGUCUGCUGACCUUGUUCCCCCUGCAGUGUCUGCUGACCUUGUUCCCCCUGCAGUGUCUGCUGACCUUGUUCCCCCUGCAGUGUCUGCUGACCUUGUUCCCCCUGCAGUGUCUGCUGACCUUGUUCCCCCUGCAGUGUCUGCUGACCUUGUUCCCCCUGCAGUGUCUGCUGACCUUGUUCCCCCUGCAGUGUCUGCUGACCUUGUUCCCCCUGCAGUGUCUGCUGACCUUGUUCCCCCUGCAGUGUCUGCUGACCUUGUUCCCCCUGCAGUGUCUGCUGACCUUGUUCCCCCUGCAGUGUCUGCUGACCUUGUUCCCCCUGCAGUGUCUGCUGACCUUGUUCCCCCUGCAGUGUCUGCUGACCUUGUUCCCCCUGCAGUGUCUGCUGACCUUGUUCCCCCUGCAGUGUCUGCUGACCUUGUUCCCCCUGCAGUGUCUGCUGACCUUGUUCCCCCCUGCAGUGUCUGCUGA